GUUAAGGAACAAGGGAAAUCCAAUUUCAGCUCCGCGGUGUGUAAUAACCAAGGAAUGUCAAAAUGGGGAAAAUGCAGCAUAUUGUUGCCUACAUAACCGGCGGCGCCCACGGUAUAGGAAAAGCUAUCGCCGAGAAAAUCUACUGCCAUGGUGGUAAAGUAGUGCUAGCCGACAUAUCCUGCACUGGAAUGAAAGUUGCCGAGAGUCUGGGCGACAGAGCUUUAUUUUCGUGUACCGACGUAAGAGUGGAGAAGGACGUACAGGAGAGCAUAAAAUGCGUGAAAGAUAAAUUCGGAGGUGUAAAUGUGCUCGUGAAUUCUGCCGGAGUGGCGAACGUGUACCCGGUGUACAAUUUCAAAAAGAAGAAGCCGCAUCCGUUGGACUUGUACAAAUGCUUGUUCGACACGAACGUGUGGGGUCUGUUCAACGUGACCCGGUUAAUGGCCCCGCUAAUGGCAGAAAACAAACCGGAUGCGAAUCGACAGAGAGGUGUCGUUAUCAAUCUCUCGAGCAUGAUGGCGUACGAUGCGCCGCCGGAAUUUGUCGCUUACAGUGGCUCGAAAGCUGCGGUUGCGGGCAUGACAGUCCCUUUGGCGAGAGGUCUCGCGCAAAAAGGUAUACGCGUCGUUGGUGUAUGUCCCAAUUUCGUAGACAGCCCCAUGACAGCUACGCAGACUGCAGAAGUAAGGAAACGCUUUAUUGAAAUGAUGCUGACUCCCAGACGCUACGGAACAUGCGAGGAGAUCGCUCACAUCGUUCAAGCGUGCAUCGAGAAUCCCCUAAUCAACGGAUGCAAUAUUCCCACGCAUAUGGGAUUCAGAUACAAUCAGACAGAAGACGGCCAGAAAGAGGACGGGAAGUGUUAA